GGAUGAAUCUUUCACGGAUUCAAGCCAUGAAGCGGGGAGAGGGACAAGCAGAGAAGUGUCAACACGCUCGCCAUCACUUGAAAACGAGCAGAUCAAGUCUCAGCGUUCGUCCUGAUGGACAAUUUAUAUAUUCAAACCUAAAGCAUGAAUUCAAGACGGAAGUAGGUGCACUUGAAUCUAGUAGACCUCUAAAUUCGCCCCAAAAAAAGAAACAAAGCGACAGGUUAAAACUCAUAAUAACGAUGCUAAUCACUAUAAUCGAAAAAGGUCCUGUUCCAGCAAACUAUACUUUUGCCGGUGUUUGCGACAAUAGAGUAAAUGCAACAAAUUCUAAGUCAGUCCGACUUAAAGGAUUUGUUGUAUUGGUCGCGGGAUUUAGUACCAUUUUAUGGCGAGUUGAACAAAAAUGGAAGAAUGGAGGUUUUAAGAAGGAUUGGGAAACAUACCUCAAAGAAAAAUCAAAAUCGGAAUCAAUCAUGGCGUGUUACAGCAUUCAAAGGAACUACAAUUGCGAAGUUGCUUCACAGUUGAAUUGCUAG